AUGGCUGCCUUCGGCAACAAGCUCCAAGGCGUGUCGCCGUCAGUCUCUGUCUGCAACUUGACCACAAAUCCUCACUUGGCGAAAUCAUCUCAGAAAGAUAUCAGAGACCUGCGCUAACAACGAUCAUACAAGCAGUAUCCCCAGAAUAUCGACCACGGAGAAGGAGUCCGCCACCGAACGUUUCUUCGCCACCGUUGAAAAGGUCAAGCAAACUGUCCUCUACCUGCCGUCAACACGCAUCAUCUUCUGCGGACGCGUCAACAAACAUAUGUACGCCGUCGAUCGCGGGUCGAACGAGCUCAUGGUGCUCACAUUCCGCUCCCACCAUCCAAAGAUGAAUCUCCUCGAAUCCUACGUCCUCCGCGGCCAUCAGCCAUACAUCCGCAUCAAGCCGAUCCUUGACAUCUAUAAACUCGGUAAGGCUGGAUAG